CGCACGCCAGGUCACCAAGCCCCCGCCAACGCGCCUCGCUCCUUGGCACCAGGCAGCGCUGUUUACAAGUUCGGAAUUUUUUUUUUUUUUUUGGUUCCAGAGCAGAGCUGCUCAAAUUUAACAACUGGGAAGCUGGAAGAGGGAGAUGGCAAACAAGGAGACCGGACUUUAUUUUACUUUACUUUUGGGUGGGGUGGGGGAGGAAUUAAAAGCGUGUCAUUUAAAGAACCGAGAAAACAUGGAACUAUUGCUUUGCAGCAAAUCCCUGUGAAUUCUUAACUUUUUUCUCAUUGCUCAAUAGAAUGGGGAGUUGGGGUAUGUUGUAUGUUGUAGGGGUGCUGAGAUGGAAAGAAUCUUCCAGGUAGGGCUUCUGGGGGCUGGGCGGAGACCCUGUCUUUUCUCAGGCCUAUGGAAGAAGCCCUUUGGGCUUGACUGGCAGUAGGUUUUUGCGUUUUAAUUUGGACCAAUAAUUUUGGCCUCUGGGAUCCUGGUGGACACACAAAGCCAGCUUCAGGCCUGCCCCCACACACUUUCAGAGGGAAGGCUGCUUGGGAGGUGGGGGUGGGCUGAAUGUGUGUGUGUGUGUGUGCCUGUUUGGAGGCUUUGGUGUCCUGGUGCUGCGUGCACAGGCUGGGGUGUUUGUCUGGCGGUAGAGCUGUUCCCUUGUGUGGCCAAGUGCUGGGUGUUGUGUGUCAGCCUUGUGACUGGUACAUCUACCUCCACGGUGUGGCUGGAGUGAGUGUGUCUCUAUUCUGACUUUGCGUCUGUGCCAGAAUCUAGUGAGGGUUCUAGAAGCCCAUUGUAAUAUGCCUGCUUUGGUGCCCUGCGUGUUGUUAACCUGUGAGUAUGUGUGUCUCCAAGGAGGUGUGUGCUAGAUUGUGAGUCCGGGCUGCUCAGCUCUGGGCCUCGCAGCUGGGAGCGUUUACAGCCGGUUAUAAAGAGUUUGUUUGAAGCUCCGCACAGCCUGGUCAGGAAUUUCCUCAAUUUCAGCAAUUUGGGCUUUAAAAGGAGAAAACCCCAGAGCCCACCCCCAUCCUCCCCAGCAGGGGCCCCUGCCUAACCCAGGAGCAGCAUCCCUACGGUGGGGUCCAAGCCCCAGGCUGGGGAGGGGAUCUGAUUGGAGUAGACCCAGUUAGCUUUCUGGGGCCUUGACCUCGCAGAUUGACCUCGGAGCCACUAGGCUGCACUUUAGGGUUCAGGGGGUGGGGAUGUGACAGUAUCACUUAGACGGAAAAAGUUGCCCCCGGGCCUGUCUCCCUAAGGCCCCCAGUCUUAUAAUUGGCUGGCAUUGCCCCAUGCCAGUCUGACCGCACCCAGGCCCUUGCGCAAGAGAGGAAAUGAGGCAGCGCUCUGCGGGCAGGGAGGGCGUCAGCGCCAGAGUGAGCACCACCCCACGCACAGGCCUUGGGCAGAACAUGUGCCCUCGAAGGACACAGUGGUGGGUCUGAGGAGUGAGAGGUUGGGAAAGGCAUUCCAGCCCUCCCCACAUCUCUCAGCACUAGCCCCUCCUGGAGCCCCCGUCCCUAGUCUUGAAUAGACUUCAGGCACCCUUUUUUCCCCCUCUCCUCUCUCUUUUUCCUUUGGGGAAUCUCACUCUGGCAGGAUUCUUAUGCUAAUUGAAUGUAUGUGUGUUGGGGGUGGGGAGGGCUUCCCUCCUGUGGGGUGGGUGGAGCUAGCCUGGAACCCUGGCAUCCUGGGCAUUCCUUCCGCCCUUCUGGCUGCAUUGGGGUGGACUUCUGACUAGGUGGGCUGCAGAGGGUUAGAGGGGAGAAGGUGUUCAUGAGGUGGGUGCAUGGGACACACCUUAGGGAGGGUCUUAGGAAUUUUUUUGCAUUAACUUGGGUCCUCCAGGUUUGGGCAACAGGUCGUACAGGUGAAUAAUUUACAAAUUUUUGGAACCUCUGAAGACCAACCACACACGCGCCCACACACACACACUUAACCGGCAGCCUUUGAACAGAGCAGAGCAUGUCCUCCCCAUACUGUGGGGCUAAGAGCCCUUUUGAGCUGCAAUUGGGUAUUUUCAGAGUGAAGACAGAAGCUCAGAGAGGGUCCAGAAACAGGUCCCCUCCCCCAUCAGUCCCGUUUACCUACUGUCACCUGACUUCUCCAGUUUGCUACACCUCCAAUGGCUUCCAGACCUGAGAAACUGAGCAAACACCUCAGUCUCCGCUUCCCCAGCUUCUCUGACUCAACAGCCACUUGGAUCCGCUGGUGGUGUGGCACUGAGCUGGUCACUUCCCCUCUUGUGGCCUCAGUUUCUUCAAGCGUGAACCAAGGCUGUGCGGUGGAGACACAGAGCACCAGCUCAGAGGAGAUGGUGCCCAGCUCGCCCUCGCCCCCUCCGCCUCCUCGGGUCUACAAGCCAUGCUUCGUGUGCAAUGACAAGUCCUCUGGCUACCACUAUGGGGUCAGCUCUUGUGAAGGCUGCAAGGGCUUCUUUCGCCGAAGCAUCCAGAAGAACAUGGUGUACACGUGUCAUCGCGACAAAAACUGUAUCAUCAACAAGGUGACCAGGAAUCGCUGCCAGUACUGCCGGCUACAGAAGUGCUUCGAAGUGGGCAUGUCCAAGGAAGCUGUGCGAAAUGACCGGAACAAGAAGAAGAAAGAGGUGAAGGAAGAAGGGUCACCUGACAGCUAUGAGCUGAGCCCCCAAUUAGAAGAGCUCAUCACCAAGGUCAGCAAAGCCCAUCAGGAGACCUUCCCCUCGCUCUGCCAGCUGGGCAAGUAUACCACGAACUCCAGUGCAGACCACCGCGUGCAGCUAGAUCUGGGGCUGUGGGACAAGUUCAGUGAGCUGGCCACCAAGUGCAUCAUCAAGAUCGUGGAGUUUGCCAAGCGGUUGCCUGGCUUUACAGGGCUCAGCAUUGCUGAUCAGAUAACUCUGCUCAAGGCUGCUUGCCUAGAUAUCCUGAUGCUGCGGAUCUGCACAAGGUACACCCCAGAGCAGGACACUAUGACCUUCUCCGACGGGCUGACCCUGAACCGGACCCAGAUGCACAAUGCCGGCUUCGGGCCCCUCACAGACCUUGUCUUUGCCUUUGCUGGGCAGCUCCUGCCCCUGGAGAUGGAUGACACCGAGACAGGGCUGCUCAGCGCCAUCUGCCUCAUCUGCGGAGACCGCAUGGACCUGGAGGAGCCCGAAAAAGUGGACAAGCUGCAGGAGCCACUGCUGGAAGCCCUGAGGCUAUAUGCCCGGCGCCGGCGGCCCAGCCAGCCCUACAUGUUCCCAAGGAUGCUCAUGAAAAUUACCGACCUCCGGGGCAUCAGCACUAAGGGAGCUGAAAGGGCUAUUACCCUGAAGAUGGAGAUUCCAGGCCCGAUGCCUCCCCUAAUCCGAGAGAUGCUGGAGAACCCUGAAAUGUUUGAGGAUGACUCCUCGCAGCCUGGUCCCCAUCCCAAUGCCUCUAGCGAGGAUGAGGUUCCCGGGGGCCAGGGCAAAGGGGGCCUGAAGUCCCCAGCCUGACCAGGGCCCCUGACCUCUCCGCUGUGGGGGUUGGGGCUCCAGGCAGCAGACUGACCAUCUCCCAGACUGCCAGUGACUGGGGGAGGACCUGCUCUGCCCUCUCCCCACCCCUUCCAAUGAGCUCCUUGUUUUUGCCAAAGUUUCCAGGGGUGCCUCUGUGUUCAUCCCCUUCCCGAUCUAACCGGCUCCCUCGCCAGUCCUGGGGGCCUGCCCUGCUCCCACCAGGAGAGAGGGCAGAGGGAUGAGCCUGAGUUUGGACUCUAAAAUCUCAGCACUGCCCCUCAGGUGCCAGGGUCCUAGGCUCCCCAGGGCAAGAGGAAGACCCUGCCAUUCCACAGCCCCUUCCUCUGCCAGGUGCUUGGCUCUCUGGGAGCAAAUAGGAACACUAGAGACCAAAAAGGGGGCAAAGGAGAAGGGCUGAGCCCACCUUUUUGCCCCUACCCUUGGUGCCUAAUGCUGUGUGAUGCACCUGCAGGGUGUGUGCUAGCCUCUGUGCCCCGUCCUUGUGCCAGGUCAAGGUGGGGGCAGGCUGGGCCCUGCAUUUCUGGGGCAGGAACAGAGGGUGAAAGGGACAGAUAGAUGCAGGUCCAUUCUGCACCUCUUGGCUCGGGUGCAGAGUUCACCCUGUGCCCUCCGUUACAAGUCCCUCCCCCAGCCCUGUCAUGUGCCUUGGGCUCCUCCUGCCCUCCAUCUCAGCCAUCGGGGCAGGGACCCUCCUACACUACAGAGGGGCCAGGGGAUCCCUCUCUCCCUAGUGCCUUCCACCCUUUACCCCCCAGAGCAGCUUGGCCCAGGGAGGGGGGAUGCUGCUUAGCUGAUCCUGCCCUGACCCAGAGGAAGCCUCUAUUUAUUUAUUAGCUUUUGUUUACACCCUGGAAUUGACCCCUUCCUCCAGGGGUCUUGGGUGGGGGAGCCCAGGGCCCCUGUGACCCCUCCCUUCUUCCUCCAAUCCCCAGUUUGUAUUUAGCUGCCAAAUAAGAUUCCCAUUGGCUCCCUGUGUUCUCUUGGGGGGUCAGGGUACUGUCCCCUCCCCUCUGUUUACAUCUCCCCUCUACCCCGCUGUAUUGCAUAUUGCUGAGUUUUCUAUUUUUGCAAAAUAAAGUGAUGGAAACUCA